CGCGGUGUUGAAUCGCUUGACCGAGGCUGCGCGGCGUUCUUCCGGCGCGAGUACAUGGAGCAUCGCUCCAGCUUGAACUAUCCUGGCUCGUUCCCUGGAAACUCGUCUCGUGGACCAGAUCCGUCAAAGGCCAAGUCAAAAGCGACACCCCUCCUGCCGCCCUGGUUUCAAGAAAUCAGUGACUCUAUGAAGACAAAGAAGCGCGAGUGGCUGAACCACGCGGCAAACCUGAACUCCAGCAGUGCGCAACCGCUGUCUCCUCAACCUCCUCUUCCGACGCGGCCACAACUCGAUCACGAAGGGGCUCCAACAUACGUAGACCAGUUGAAGUCCAUCUUUCCCAACUGGGACGUGAGUACCCUGCAUCUGCUACUCGAAGCUCAUGAAUUCGUCUUGGACGAUGCAAUCACGGCCGUCCUCAAGAUGGAGGAAGCCUCCGAACACGAACACAUGAUGCGAUCCACGCAGACGUUGCCAUUUGCAUACGUGGUGAAGAAUCCUCUGCCCGACGACUUCCUUCGCGUGCCAGGCGAACUCGCGGCCUCCUCCUCUCCAUCGGGCUCUUGCUCUGGCAACUCCACGAUCUUCGACGUUGAUGAUGUCGUUGAUGAAACUGCGAGUGCCCCCCUGCACCCGGACGAUUUGGCUCGACAAGAGAGCUCGUACGCUCACGACGACGGCACGCUGUAUGGCCGCGAUUUUCUCGGUGACGAUGGUGGCGACAACUUAGGAGCGGUGGAUGGAUCGGCCCAACGAGCCGAGUCGGUCCCAAUGGCCAUUCCGGUCGUGCUCCCCCUUGAUGGCGACGACUUGUCCAACGUUCACCGGCGCUUUCAACGCACUCGGCAUUUUGGGCGCCCCAACUCGCGCACCGACAGCUUGUUUGCAAAACUGACCGUGAUCAAGCGAAGCAAGCUGGACAUCGUAAGCGCCGAAGAUCGCAUCCGCACUCGCGAGCCGCAUCGACUGCUCGACUGUUUAACAAAAGCCAGUGCCUUGUACCGCAACGGACUCAUUGCGAGCGACGAACUCGAAAACUUGCGCUCGAUGAUUCUCACUCGCAUGUCGACAAAGGGGCCGACAGAGAUGCCCGCUACGACCGCCGGCACAAGCCACGCGAUGAUCACCGACCACCAGUGGAAUUGCCUUGUUCUCAAAUGCAAAAACAUUCGCCAUGCUUUGUCCAUUCGUAUCAUCAAAGCCAUCACGACCAGCCAACACACGGAGUACGAGAUCCGCACGAGCGAUCUCGAAACGGGGGUGGUCGUGUUUACGCGGCGUCGGUUCAAAGAGUUCCGCAAGUUUCACCGCAAGUUGACGGCGCUCAUGACGCGGGUGAAUGCUUUCCCGUUUCCGUCGAGGCAGACGGGGCUGAGCAAGAAGGAAGACUCGCGCGUCGCCGCCAGGCGCCAGCCUGCCCUCGAAGCGUACCUUCGGCUGGUGGCAUCCCUCGUCACCCCCGCGCCCCUCACCAUUGCCCGCGCUGGCGCUCUCGUGCUGCUCCAAUCCUUCCUUGCGCUGCCGGACUCGGCAACUCUCUUUCACAACACGACGCAUCCCACGAUGCGCACGCUGCGCGUAUACGCCUUCCAUGUGCUCCAAGAUGCAACGACCCCUGAGGGAAAAGUGUGCCGCAAAUUCCUCGCCAAGCCCCGGACGACCACUGCUGCCCUUGACGACCUGGGCCAGGUGCUCGACAACGUGCAGGAGUACAUGAUGGCCCAUCGGAUGGACGACAUGCGAGCCCAUGUGGCCGAUGUGGCCAGUCGGUUGAGCCAAGGAGAUGUCGAAAACGACGUGGUCCACGAGUGGAUCUCGGAUGCGAUCCGGCACGAGGUGGAAGAGUGCGUGUGUGUGCCAGUGCUGCCAGGGUUGUGGACGGCGCUGGAAGGCAGCAUGCGGUCGAAGGAAGCAGCUAUGAAGCGGCGCAUCAUUCGACUUGCGGGUCAACCGCAGGAAGCAUUUGAAAUCACAGAGGCCACGCAGAGUCCGAGCCAGUGGUGGGACGCCGUACGUACGCUGAAAGAAGUCGACUCGAUGUAUCUCCCAGUGGACAAAAUGCGCAAGCUCCUCGAGUGUGCCGUCACAAUCCACCGGACGUUCCAGCGCGAGCACGGCGACGCCUGCGUCCUCAGCGGCGACGAUUUUUUGCCGAUAUUUAUCUUCGUCAUCGUGCACGCGCAUUUGACGAACCCCCUCGUUCUCUUGCGCGUGCUCAACGUCCUGAGCGAUCCCGAGAAGCGGAUGGGUGAAAGCGGGUACUACCUCGCAUCCUAUGAAGCUGCGCUGGAGCACUUGAUGGCGGAUGGCACGUUUGAAUGAUAACUACUCCCACGACCGUUCUCCGACCUAUUCGGCCUCGAUUCCCGCACGAGCCCACGUGUGAAGCUGCUCUCGGAGAAGGGAUAGAUCAGCCGAGAAUGCCUUGACGAUAUCGCUUUCAUGACAUCGUUCCGCGAUCGAUCCAC